AUGAAUUGUGAAGCUUUGAUGAAUCAAGAUGACCACAUUCAAUCAAUUUUGCACAAACAGUCAAAGCAAAUGCGAAAUGAUUAUCGUAUCCGUCUCAAUGCUUCUAUUGAUUGUAUUAGAGUUUUGUUGGAACAAGGGAAUUCAUUUCGGGGUCAUGAUGAGACUGAAGGUUCUCUUAAUCCAGGUAACUUUCUUAUUCAACUGAAGUUUUUAGGUGCUUAUAAUAAAGAGAUUAAUGAUGUGAUAUUGAAAAAUGCUCCUAAAAAUUACAAGUUAACAUCACCGGAUAUUCAGAAGGAUAUAGUAAGGGCUUGUGCAACUAAAACAAUUAAUGUUAUUAUCAAAGAUAUUGGUAAUUCAUUAUUCUCUAUUUUAGUUGAUGAAUCUCGUGAUGUGUCAAUGAAAGAGCAAAUGUCAGUUGUUUUGCUCUAUGUGGAUAAUAGUGGGCAUGUAAAUGAGCGUUUUGUUGGAAUUGAACAUGUUACUAGUACUACAGCACUCUCACUUAAAGCUGUUAUUGAUAAGAUGCUUUCAAAAUAUAAUUUGAGCAUAUCUAAUGUGAGAGGACAAGGUUUUGAUGGAGCAAGUAAUAUGCAAGGUGAUGUGAUAAAUGUUGUUGGAUCAUCCUGCAAACAUUUUGAUCUUCUUAAGGAGAAACAUUCAGAUUUUAUUGUUGAGGCACUAGAGAAGGAUUUCAAUUUGGAUGAUGUUGCCUUGAUGUUUGAAAAUUAUGAAGAACUUUUGAGUGCAUCUCAUAACCAAGAAUCUUUUUGA